UAAUAAUAAUAAUAAUAAUAAUAAAAAAAAAAGAAAUAAUUAUUACUUAAAUAGAACAUUGAUUGUUGGUUUAUUAAUGGCCUCGUCCUUUGCUUGUAAUUCACCCCGUCAAACGUGAAUAACGUUUUGGCGUCCAUUGCCAGUACGAAUGUCUCUGAAUAGCUCACUAGUGCGGUAAGUCCGGAGUUCUGUUUUUCCAUAACAUAGACUUAAAAAGGGCUUGGUGAUUUACUGUUGUUGAUGUUUGAUUCGGAUUCACAAUGACUGCUGAUCAUUUUUGUCUGAAAUGGAACAACUAUCCAUUGAAUAUGGUCACCGAAUUGGACAGCCUUCGUACUAGUGAAGACCUUGUAGAUGUCACUUUAUCAUGUGAUGGACAACUGUUCAAAGCUCAUAAAGUAGUAUUGUCCAUGUGCAGUUCUUAUUUUCGGAAUGUAUUCAAGGAUAAUCCUUGUAAACAUCCAGUUGUAAUUUUAAAAGAUGUAAAUCAAGAUGAUGUUAAGGCAUUGCUCAAUUUUGUGUACCAAGGCACUGUAUAUAUAUCAGAAAAAAAAUUAGCAUCCUUUUUACGUACUGCUGAAUUAUUACAGAUCAGAGGUCUUGCAGGUGCUGCUUCAACCAUUAAUACAGAUUUAGAAUCAACUAGAACUAGUUUGGAAAAGAAUGCUGUUCCCCCAUUACAGCAACUGUCUACUAAUAAUAAUAAAACUGAGGUGCAAGAUACAUCAUCUUCAACAGUUAAAUCUGAAUCCCCAAAUUCUCCUAAUGAUAAAGUAUCUGCAAAAAGAAAGAAAUGUCUCCCAGUAAAAUUAAAAAAACAUUCAGAUGAUGGUACAGAGUAUAUGGAUGAAACAACUGGUAGUGAAACUGAUAUAUUAAGUCGAUUAAAAGUUGAUGACAUGGAUGAUGGCAAUAUUGAUACCGAUUGUUAUAUUGAUGAAGACGGAUCAAAAGAUGAUUUUGGUGAUGAUCAGUAUGCACAAGAACCUGAUGGUGAUGAUUAUGAAGAUGUGGAUUUAGAUAAAGAAGAAGAUGCUUCACAUUCUACUUCUAUGUUUGAUAAGUCAUUAAUUGCUUCUCGUAUGUUAAAUGAUCCAAAAGAUAUCCGCACAAGUUCGUCUAGUAGUAUUGAUUUUGCAAUAGCAUCAACACCUACCAACCAAUGUAUUUCUGACUCAUCAUUAACAACUGCAGACCGUCUAGGACGUCGGCCAUGUCCUUUGUGCCAAAAAGUGAUCUCCAAUAAGUCUAACCUAUUAAAACACAUGCGUAUUAGGCAUAGUGAUGAAUACAAUCCUGCUGGUUGCAGUGUGUGCGGUAAGGUGUUUAAGAACAAAUACAGUCUACGUGCACACAUUAACAUCUACCACAAGGAGCACACAACCUCCAACCCGAAUAACUCGGGUACAUAUCAAGUGUACAACAAUACCACGGUCGGCCAGCAGCAACAGCAACAACACCAACCACAUCAGCAAUCGACUCCAGUACAACAACCCAUCAAUAAUACUGCUGGUUCAUAUCUGACUGGUUCAUCACCUGUCGCUUGUUUUAACCAGUCUUCAAAUGCCACCAAUACAACCGGUGGUUACAUUAUACAGCAACCGCCCUCUUCACCGUUCCUAAACAAAAUCUCAUUGGAUCUCCCAUCUCCAUAUCAAUUAACAAGCCAGGCAACUUCAGGGCCACCUUUAUCUCCACUUUAACCACUAUUUCCACCAGCAUCGGCCGGUGAAAUUUUUGAUAUCGGGUGCGCUUCGCGCAUGACUCAUUUGGAGGUUUAAAUUAUGGAUAAUCCUUCAUGAUUAACUAUUGAUUAAUUAACUUAUGUCUAUUAAUAUUAUGAAAAUAUAUAUAAUACACAUAUACAUUUGUACAUAUAUAUAUAUAUAUAUAUAUAUAUAUAUAUAUAUAUGUAUGAUGGGGGGAAGGGUUUGGUCAAUUUUUACCGGUUUUGAUUCUUCAUUGUUUUAAAUUGUAAAUUUAUACCUGAAAUUUAAUUUUAAAUAUUUUUAUUAAUGUAUUAA